AUGUAUAUAUAUAUGCAUAUAUAAAUAUACAGCCAGCCUCGAGUAUUCACAAUGUCAGAAAUGUCAAACUCAAAAUUCAAAAAUGUGACUCAUUGCAUCUUCGACAUGGAUGGACUAUUGAUAGAUUCAGAAACAAUAUACAAGAAAAUUUAUGGUACUAUCUGUGAGAAAUAUGGCUAUACUUAUGAGGGAGAUCUGACUUUUCAAGUGCUCGGAAGACCUGAGCAAGUUGGGGCCGAACUUAUUAUAAACCAUUACAAACUGCCAAUGAGUGUCAAUGAUUUUCAGCAUAUUUACCACAAGCUACAAAUCGAAUAUUUUAUUGACGUAAAACUGAUGCCAGGUGUUGAAACUCUUCUACAUCAUUUAUGUAAACACAACAUUCCUAUUGCAUUGGCCACGAGUUCCAGCGCCGAUAGUUUUGCAUUAAAAACCAAACAUUUAACGAAGAUCUUUGAUCUAUUUCACCACAAAGUGCUUGGAGGUUCUGAUCCCGAUGUUAAACAAGGAAAACCGAGUCCUGAUAUAUUUUUGGUAGCUGCAAAAAGAUUUUCAGAUACACCUGAUCCGCUUAAGUGCCUUGUUUUUGAAGACGCACCAAACGGCGUUCAAGCUGGAAUAAGUGCAAUGGUACCUGACAAAAAUUUACCAAAAAAGUUUACCGAACAAGCGACAUUGGUGAUCAAUAACCUGAAUGAAUUUAAACCAGAAAAUUUUGGUUUACCUAAAUACGAUUAGUAAGGAUUGUAAAAUAAUUUGAAAAUUUUAAAAUAAACGUUUUUUAAACAAAAAAAUAAUACCUCAAUUAGAAUAUUGAU